GCAGCGCCCUCGCGUCCACAGUAUGGCCGGCGACAUUAGCUAGCGCUCGCUCAACUCUCUCUAACGGGGAAACAGCGGACUACAAGAGACUGAGCUGUAUCUGCCUCUAUUUCCAACAGACUCACGUUCAACUUUCGCUCACAAAAAAAAAAAAAAAAAAAAGCCGGGAAGAUUUUAUUAACCCUUUUUUAAAAAAAAGUUAAUAUAAAAUUAUAGCAAAAAAAGGAACCUGAACUUUAGUAACACAGCUGGAACAAUCCGCAGCGGCGGCGGCGGCGGCGGGAGAAGAGAUUUAAUUUAGUUGAUUUUCUGUGGUUGUUGGUUGUUCGCUAGUCUCACGGUGAUGGAAGCUGCACAUUUUUUCGAAGGGACCGAGAAGCUCCUGGAGGUUUGGUUCUCCAGGCAGCAGCCCGACGCAAACCAAGGAUCUGGGGAUCUUCGCACCAUCCCAAGAUCCGAGUGGGACAUACUUUUGAAGGAUGUGCAAUGUUCAAUCAUAAGUGUGACAAAAACUGACAAGCAGGAAGCUUAUGUACUCAGUGAGAGUAGCAUGUUUGUCUCCAAGAGACGUUUCAUUUUGAAGACAUGUGGUACCACCCUCUUGCUGAAAGCACUGGUUCCCCUGUUGAAACUUGCUAGGGAUUACAGUGGGUUUGACUCAAUUCAAAGCUUCUUUUAUUCUCGUAAGAAUUUCAUGAAGCCGUCUCACCAAGGGUACCCACACCGGAAUUUCCAGGAAGAAAUAGAGUUUCUUAAUGCAAUUUUCCCAAAUGGAGCAGCAUAUUGUAUGGGACGGAUGAAUUCUGACUGUUGGUACUUGUAUACUUUGGAUUUCCCUGAGAGUCGAGUAAUCAAUCAGCCAGAUCAAACCCUGGAAAUUCUGAUGAGUGAGCUUGACCCAGCAGUUAUGGACCAGUUCUACAUGAAAGAUGGUGUUACUGCAAAGGAUGUCACUCGUGAGAGUGGAAUUCGUGACCUGAUACCAGGUUCUGUCAUUGAUGCCACAAUGUUCAAUCCUUGUGGGUAUUCAAUGAAUGGAAUGAAAUCAGAUGGAACUUAUUGGACUAUUCACAUCACUCCAGAACCAGAAUUUUCUUAUGUUAGCUUUGAAACAAACUUAAGUCAGACCUCCUAUGAUGACCUGAUCAGGAAAGUUGUGGAAGUCUUCAAGCCAGGAAAAUUUGUGACCACCUUGUUUGUAAAUCAGAGUUCUAAAUGUCGCACAGUGCUGUCUUCACCCCAGAAGAUUGAAGGUUUUAAACGUCUUGAUUGCCAGAGCGCUAUGUUCAAUGAUUACAAUUUUGUUUUUACCAGUUUUGCUAAGAAGCAGAAACAACAGCAGAGUUGAUUAAGAAAAAUGAAGAAAAAACGCAAAAAGAGAACACACAUAGAAGAAGGUGGUGGUUGCUUUUUAGAUACUGAUACCAGGGGCCAUGCUUUCCAUAACCACCACCUUGUAGUUGCAGAAAGCCCUAGAUGUAAUGAUAGUGUAAUCAUUUUGAAUUGUAUGCAUUAUUAUAUCAAGGAGUUAGGUAUCUUGCAUGAAUGCUCUCUUCUGUGUUUAGGUAUCCUAUGCCACUCUUGCUGUGAAAUUGAAGUGCAUGUAGAAAAAAACUUUUACUCUAUGAAACUUUACAACACUUGUGAGAACAAUUCAAUUUGGUUUAUGCACAGUGUAAUAUUUCUCCAGGUAUCAUCCAAAAUUCCCCACAGACAAGGCUUUCGUCCUCAUUAGGUGUUGGCCUCAGCCUAGCCAUCUGGGACUGUUCUAUAUUAAAUUGCUACUGGGAUUUUACAUCCAGUUACCUCCACUUUCUAGAACAUAUUCUCUACUAAUAUUAUUGAAACCAAUUUCUACUUCAUACAGAUGUUUUUGCAACAGCAAUUAAAGUUUUUCUUCCACGAGUCAAGUGCUCUUUAAGAAAAUUAUUGCAGUUAUCCAUUUUGUGUAUUACUAUUUUAACAUUUUUGCUUCCUAUACUUGUAUUCCUUUAAUUGAUUCAUUCCUCACCAUGGUGUCUCCCCUCCCAACCCUACCCCCUCAAUAAAGCAAUACACUGUUACACUGUGGGUUUAUACUAAUCUUAUACCCCAGAGGGGGAAGGAGGGAAUGGACCCUGGGCUUAAUUUUCUUUUAAAGUCAAGAGAGUUUGGCAUUUUUUUAUUAGCAUGAGCUCUUUUGGAAGAUAGUGACAAAAAUAAGCUAGUGUUGAUUAGCAGGUAAGACAUAGAUUGAUGCUAGGGAUUAAUGGCAGAACUGUAUGGACCCAUUCGCCAUUCAGUGCCCUACCCAGCUCCCUCACCCACCCCUUAAAUGACACUAGCUCCUCAUGAAUACUAUGCCUUUACUAACUUGCUAAGUAGUAAUAUCAGAGAAUUUUUAUCACUAAAUUUAUUAGCAGGGAGAUUUAAGAUAAAGGUGUAUUGGAUUCAUCAAGUCAAGUCAGCUCAGAUGAUUUACUUUUACUUCAGCAGCCAUUUCGACAAAUUUCUAUUAAUGAUAUGCCAUAAACUUCAGUUCAAAGCAGAAUCGAUGUCUUUGCCAUCUUGUGACUUUAAAAGUUCUGUGACUUUGUGAUGCAUGUGGUAGUGUUUUGGCCUUAACAGCUCCUCUUCCUGGUGUUCCUUUCAUCUUGGUUUCAUAGGAUCAAGUGAGACUGCCCAGAAUGAGAACUGUUCUGGUUAUUCAGACAUGCACAGUGAAGUGUGAUGCUUUCCAUAAACUGUAACAUAAAAAAUUCCAAAAUGGUCAGUGGGAAAUGACUAGAAAUACAGGCUGAAAAGAGCUGGUGUCUUUUAGCUAUAUUUGCAAAUACUGAGAUUUAAGCAGCUGAGAAAAGAGCAAAGUUGACUCAAUUUUGUAUUUCUUCUUGUCCUCAAAAUUUUUAUUCUUUCUGGAUUGAAGCAGUGAUUUUUUUUUGUUCCUUCCGUAUUUAUAAAUUAAACACUUUUUUUCAGUGUUUCUAAACAUAAAAUCCACUUGAUUUGAAAUCAAGUGGUUGGAACACUUUGAACUUUUAUUUUAAGCAUGUUGUUGAUUCAGAGUUUCAUUGAAGAAGCUUUUGAUCAGUGGAUCAGUUUGAUUUUGUAAUUAGAGCAUAGUACCUGAUGUUUUGGUGCUAUUACGAGGACCAAUGCUCAAAGUGGAUUUUGUUCUUGAACAGUGUCCCAGUAGAUCUGAUGACAUUUGUUGGCUUGAGGUCUGAUUUUUUUUCCCUCUAAUGGAUUUAAGAUUGCUAUUUAAUGUUGAGAAACUGCACAAAUUUGUAUGGAACAAAGCCUAGGAAAAUGAAAACUAUAGAUUGAAUAGUAAUCUAAAUUAAUCCUAGUAUGUAUGAUGGAGGAGGGAAAAUUUUGGUGCAUAAUUUCUCUCUUCAUGGUGUUGGAUUUAAAUCAGUUGAAAUGUAUUUCUGUACCACAAUUUAAGCUUCAAUAAAAAAAAGUUUGCUUAA